AUGGCACAGCCACGCGGCGUUCGAGUUGGCCUCUGCCUCGCCCUCCUCUGCUACCUCCCCUCCUCUGCCAGCCUCGCGCUCCCAGAGGCCUUCCGUCGGGCGCGGGCGCGGAACGCCCGGCUGCAGCGCAGCGCAAGCUCGCCGGCGCCGCGGCCGCCGCCGUCGGCUGCUCCUCUCGCGUCGGGCGAGGUGGCGCUGCCGCCGUCGCUCGAGGAGCGGCUCUCCUCCGCGCUCGGCGUCCGCAGCCUCAACCCGCUCCAGCGACUGGCGCUGCCCCACGCGCUCGGCGGCGGCGACACUCUCGUCCACGCAGAGACGGGCGCAGGCAAGACACUGUGCUUUGCGCUGCCCAUCGCCGCCUCGCUCGCCGCCGCCGACGGAGCCGCCUCCUCGCCGGCAGCCUGCGACGGCUCGGUGCACGCGCUUGUGCUGAGCCCGACGCUCGAGCUGUGCGCGCAGACGGCGGCGGUGCUCAACGCCCUCCUCCCGGGCUGCGCCGCUGUCGUGGCGACCGACGAGGCCGCGCGGCUCCUCUCCGGAGGGGCCGCCGCCUCCGCCCUCGCCGGCGCCCGCGUGCUGGUGUCGCCUGCCUCGCUCGCCCUCGCGCUGCUCCCCGCAUCUGAGGCGCCGGCCGGCGGAGGGCGGCGCGCGAGCGGCGCGGCGAUGAGGGCCGACGCCGGCCGGUCGCGCGGCGCCGGCCGGAGAGGCGGUGGUGGCGGCCGGCGGCCGGCGGCCGGCGGGAGGGGAGGCGGCGGGAGGCGGUUCGAGGAGGGCGGAGAGGGCGGCGCAGUGACGGCGGUGCGAAGCCGCUCGCUGGAGCCGGGCGGGCUGCUCGGCUCGCUUCGCCUGCUCGUCCUCGACGAGGCCGACGCGCUGCUCGGCACGCUCGGCAAGUACGCGACGCAGAGGCAGAAGGAGUCGCGCAGCCGCCACCCCAAGCCCGCCGCUCUCGUCGUCAAGUCGCUCUUCACCGCCGCCGCCUCCAGACCACCCUCCUCCGGCACCCUCCAGCUGCUCGGCGCCUCGGCCACCGUCGGACGUCCGCUCCGCCGCGAGCUGCAGGCCCUCUCCGGCCGCUCGCUCGCGGUGGCGCAGCUCCCCUCCUCUCCGCCUGGCGCAGACAUCGGCGCGCCCUCCGCCUCGCCGGCCGGCUCCUCGCGGCAAGCGGCCUCGUCCGCGCGGGCGGUGGGGCUGCCGUCGACGCUCGAGCUCGCCGUGCUCACUUGCGAGGGGGACAACACCGCGCUCGCCCUCCAGCGCGCCCUCGGCGCGGCCGGCGAGGGCGCCGCCCUCGUCUUCGUCCCCGACGGCCGCCCGGUCGGUCCGGAGCUGCGGCUGCUCCGCCAGUGCGGGCUCCCCGAGGCGGAGUCUCUUGUCGACUACCUCGCUCGCCGAGCGGGGGGCGGAGGCGCGGAGGGCGGAGGCGCGGGGGGCGGAGGCGCGGGGGGCGGUGGCGCGCCGCUGCGGCUCGUGGCGUCGCCUCGCUCGGCGCGCGGGCUCGACCUACCCGAGGUGAGCCUAGUCGUCAUCCUCGGCCUGCCCGCCUCGGCCGACACGCUGCUCCACCUGGCGGGCCGCACGGCGCGGCAGGGCGCGGCGGGGCGCGUGGUGCUCAUCGCCACGCCCGACGAGGCGGCGGGGCGGCUGGGCGUGCUCGGCGCGCAGCUGGGCGUCGACCUCCGCGCGCGCUCCUCUGCGGUGCGGGAGCGCGACGAGGAGUGGGCCCGCACUUGGGCGGUGCACCAGCAGGUCGUCCAGGCGGAGAGAAAGUACAACAACUGAAGGGUACGCACUGGAGGCGGAGAAUUCGAUUGGAGGAGAGAGAGGGCGGGCCGCCGGGGGCGUGUGUGGCUUGGGCGGAGGGGCGGGGUGCAGCUCCUUUCAACGCACAACGGUCAGACUCACGUCCUUGUGGAGAAGAGGUAUGAGCGUAUGAUUAGAAAG